UAAACGUUUAUUCGGUUUUACAGAUGCCACCAAACUUAUCGGAGAGUCUUCUCCCAGAGUCAGGUCCUCGGAAGCUGGAGAAGACCAGGUCUUUGGAGUCGUGCGCCAGCUCCAUCGACCCGGAGUGCAGCUGUGAUGAAGCUAGCUACGGUAUAGGUGACGCUGUAUUCUCCUGCUUUAUCGUGGCUCCUCAUGUAGUCAGCGUAUGGCGGGGAACGUGGGGCUUGAUGGAGCUGAAGCCGACCCUGUUCCCCUUCGCCCAGAUAUAUCUGCUGGGUAUUGUGAUACAUAUCAGCUUCGCUAUUGUGAGAACAAGACUGUUAGCUCGUUCAGCCGGAGCAUGGAGCAAGCCUGAAGGCGGCGCCAUCUCGUGGGUGCGCGAGAGGAUAAUAACUCGGGUGUACGCCUAUAUAUUUAUUCUGAGCAACAUUAUGCACUGGCGCGGCGGGUGGGGCUUGCUCGACAUGUUUGUGGACAGGGUCCUGCCAGACGUUGAAGAUCCUCAUAGGCCUGUGCUAAUAGGCGGUAUAACCCUAUUCUUCUACAUCGCGAUCACGGUGCUGCGGUCCUCCCGCAACCUGCUCGCCUCGCCAUACUUCCUAGUCACUGAUGGAAAGGAACCCACCUAUAUAUUUACUACUAGGUUUCAAAUUUCGAACAGCAGAGAGACGAUGCUGUACAUCCUGGACUGCAUAUUCUCGGUGACAGUGGUCGGUUCGCUGGUCGUCUUCGUCUGGCGUGGCUCCUGGGCACUGCUGGACAUCUUCCUCUUCCCUGACGACAAGCCGAAAUCCUGCUGGACUUCACUGAUCGUAGGCUACGCUGUGGUGAUAGUCACGUUCGCCCUCCAAGCGCCAGUGCGCUGGUCUGCAGCGCGGCUGCACGGCGCGCCCCGGCUGUUGCUGGCCGACGUGUACCACUUCAUCUCCUUCAUUGCCACUGUCAACGUAUGGCGGGGGGUGUGGGGGCUGCUUGAUAUUUACUUCUUCCCAGAAUCACCAAAGCUCAGCAAUUGGAGCUCCCACAUCAUCAGCUUGACGCUCCUCAUCCUGCUGAACUGUUCCAACUCGGUGAUCGUCCGAGGGGUCUACAUCGACGCUGAGGAGCCAGCGGGAGAGUGCGUGGUCUUCCCUUGCCACUACCUCAGGCUAUUCUUCCAUAAAGAACGAACCAAGAAGAGACACAGAAGAGCUUUGCAGGCUGCUGCAGCUGCUGGUAGAAAGCCAGAAGAUGCCAGCGUACCCUUACAAAUACCAGAAGAAAAGGUCUAG